AUGCUGCUGGUGCUCACAGCCGUUGGUCUUCCGGUGAAGGACGUCUCGUUGAUCGUUGCUGUUGACUGGCUAUUAGACCGUAUUCGCACAUCAAUCAACGUGCUCGGGGAUGCGUUUGGUGCCGGAAUCGUCUACCAUUACGUGAAAGAGGAUCUCAUCGCUCAUGAUCGUGUUCAUCCAUUGCGUACACUGUCAUUG